AUUUUUUCUGCUCUGGUGUGUGGCGUACCCUGCCCCCCUCUCAGUCCUUCUGCGGUUCAUCUAACAGGAUGUUCAGCAAACCACAUGUGCAUUUGCUUCAUGGUCAUUGAAACUUGAGUGUGCAGCCAGCAUGAAGGCGAUACUGCUGCUCCUCUUGUUGCACAGACUCUCCGAGACGUCCUCCGCCCACAGUUACGCCUUCGUGAAGACGACCUCUGACAUGACUCAGUUCUUCGAGUACGAGAACAUCUCCGUGAGCUGCGAGCAGUUCGGCUCUGAUUGGACGGUGUGGAGAGUGAACGAGGACAGGGUGUUUUCCCAGUGUGGCUCCGGUUGGGGCAUCAAGGCUCCGUUUACCUGCAAAGUCAACAUCACCAAACCCAAUGACAGCGGAGCGUACUGGUGUCAGUCCAGAUAUGGAGACAGCAGCAACACCGUCAACCUCACUGUCACUAGUGGAGCAGUGAUCCUGCAGAGUCCUGUCCUCCCUGUGAUGGAGGGAGAUGAUGUCACUCUGCACUGUAAAACAAAGAACGCUUCCUCCGACCUCCCAGCUGAUUUCUAUAAAGACGGCUUCCCAAUCAGGACUGAGCCGACAGGUCACAUGACCAUCCACCGUGUUUCCAGGGCUGAUGAAGGCCUCUACAAGUGUAAGCGCAGUGAUGAGUCUCCAGAGAGCUGGCUGCUGAUCAAAGAGUCUCACGUGGCCUCGAUCACGGUGACGCCCCCGUGGUCGCAGAUACACGAGUAUGAGGACGUGAAUCUGAGCUGCGGUCUGAACAGCAGCUCUCACGGAUGGAAGGUCUUCAAGACCACGAAGCAACCCAACGGCACGGAGAUUGUGGGACCCUGUCCAGUGGAAAAGACGGAUGGAAGCUCGAGUGGCUGUUCUGUUCAAACAGCGAAGAACACUGACGGCGGAGUCUACUGGUGUCAGUCUCCUCAGAGGCAACGGAGCAACUCAGUCACAAUCCUCGUCCAAAGUGCAGCACUGAUCCUGCAGAGUCCUGUCCUCCCUGUGAUGGAGGGAGAUAAUGUCACUGUGCACUGUAAAACAAAGAGCGCUUCCUCCGACCUCCCAGCUGGUUUCUAUAAAGAUGGCUCCUUCAUCAGGACGGAGCCGACAGGUCACAUGACCAUCCACCGUGUUUCCAGGGCUGAUGAAGGCCUCUACAGGUGUAAGAUGAGCGGUCAUGGAGAGUCUCCACCCAGCCAGCUGCUGGUCAGAGUCCUGUCAGAACUGCCCACCGCUGAUCCAAGCCGGUCUGAGCUGGUGCUGGUGCUGUUACGCCACCUGUUGCUGCCCUGUCCGUACGUCAUCACCACAGUGAUCAUGGUGUCCGUGUAUCGUCAGAAGCCCACAGGAAAGAACACGCCUGUUUCCGUGGCGAUGUCUCAGCUCGUCGAGGUCGACGAGGAACGGGACCAAUCUAAUUACGAUGACGUCACCACCGAGCAUAACUUCUGAGCUAAACGUCCUUUGUUGUUUGUUCGUCCGCAACGUCCAAAGAUUUUCAACUGUUUGAUGCCUCGACUUCCUACCUGCCAGCGGAUUUCUAGCUAGCUUCCAUCCCCGUGACGUCCCCGCAGACUGUCUAAAACCUGGACGUAGUCUCUGUGACGUCCCCGCAGACUGUCAAUUGCAACUAGCGAUUAUUUUAAUAAUCGAUUAAUCUGUCAAUUAUUUUUUUGAUUAAUCAAUGAAUCGGAUAAAAAAACAACAACAUUCAUUUCCAACCCUUUAUUCAAAAACAGAACUGACAUGUUUCUCCUUGAACAACCUUUGCUUCACAUCUGCCAAACAUAUAGGCUUUUUUAAAUAAAGUGCACAAAAA